AACCUUGACCAUUCCGACCAAAAGACAAAACAAUUCAAAAACCAACAAAACGAUGUCGUUUCUUUCUCGCCUUCUCCUCCGUAGCACUAACAGCUUCAACACCACCACGAACAUCCGCUUUUUCUCCGCCGUCGCCGCAACCUCGCAACGAACACCGUCCCUCAUCACCCUCGUAAACGACGAAACCGACCCAAAGCACAUCACAGAGAAGUUCAAAAAGGCUUGCGAAACAGAAUGGUUCCGCAAGAACAAACCCGUCUACGAGAGAACCGUCCGCCGCCUCGCCGCCGCCAAGAAGUUCGAAUGGAUCGAGGAGAUCCUGGAGGAGCAGAACAAGUACCCAAACAUGUCAAAGGAAGGAUUCGUCGCGAGAAUCAUCAACCUUUACGGCCGAGCAGGUAUGUUCGAGAAUGCGCAGAAGGUGUUCGACGAAAUGCCUCAGAGAAAUUGCAAGAGAACAGUAUUGUCUUUCAACGCUUUGUUGAACGCGUGUGUGAACUCCAAGAAGUUUGAUUUGGUUGAAGGGAUGUUCAACGAGCUGCCUGGUAAGCUCUCGAUUGAACCGGACAUUGCUUCUUAUAAUACUUUGAUCAAAGGGUUGUGUGGAAAGGGUUCUUUGUCCGAAGCUGUUGCGUUGAUUGAUGAGAUUGAGAACAAGGGUUUGAAGCCUGAUCAUUUCAGCUACAACUUGCUGUUACAUGAGUCUUAUACAAAGGGGCAUUUCGAGCAGGGGGAAGAGAUAUGGAGUAGGAUGAUAGAGAAGGAUGUUGGUAGAGAUAUACGUAGUUACAAUGCUCGGUUGUUAGGAUUAGCUUUGGAGAUGAAGUCGGAAGAGAUGGUUAGUCUAUUUGAGGAACUUAAGGGUAAUGGGAUCAAACCUGAUGUGUUUACGUUCACUGCCUUGGUUAGAGGAUGUGCUGGUGAAGGCAAAGUUGAUGAAGCCAAGAUGUGGUACAAGGAGUUAGAGAAGAACGGUUUUCGACCGAUGAAAUUGAUUUUUUCGUCUUUGCUUCCUGCAAUGUGUAAGGCUGGGGAUUUAGAGUCAGCUUUUGAGCUCUGUAAAGAGAUAUUCAGUAAGCGUUUACUUGUGGAUGGGGACAUCAUGCAAGAGGUGGUUGAUGAGUUGGUGAAAGGGUCAAAGCGAGAAGAAGCUGAGGAGAUUGUUGAACUCGCGAAUAAGAAUGAGUAUUUACAGUUCAAGCUACGUCUCUCUUCCGAAGAGUAAAGUAGUAGUUCAUUAGCAAGCUUAUCAACGAGUUUCUAGCCUGUGUUUCUCUCUUUAAGUGUCUUGUUGUUUGCACUUGAAUAACUGAACUACCUGAUGUUUUGUGCUCUUGUGCCUUCUUUAAUUGUCACGUACCGGCUUCCUAAUUAUUUUAAAAAUUUCGUUUUCGCGCUUCCA